AUGGUGGAAGAAGCGAUAUACGCGCUAAAUUCCCGCCGCGGCUUCUCAUUACAUAGGCUGAAGAAGUACAUUAGCGACAAAUAUCAGCUUGAAUUGAAUUCACAACGGAAUAACUUGAUUAGAACGCAUCUGCGUGCACAAUUGGUCGAUGGCACACUCAUAAAGGUGUCCGGUAAAGGUUUAACUGGCAGCAUGCGGGUAGCAGCGAAAACGAAGAAAAGUGCCACUAGCCACACCAUUGCURCCGAAUUGCAACAAAGUGYCGGGGGGAACGGUAGCGCGGAUGCGACAUUCGUCGCAGCUAAACGCAAGAAAGCUGUUKKCAAAACAAAAAGCGCCAACAAGUCAACAAGUGGUUCGCAAGCAAGGACACCACCGAAUAUGAUAGCGAAACCGUUGUUGAUACCAGAUGCACCACAACGCAACUCAAUGACGGGACACGCACAUUUGGAGGCAGGUGGAGGAACGCCUUGCUCUUCCGGCGGGCGCGUGGGACGUAAACGAAAGUUGUUGCCACCAGCACUAGAGUACAUUGCGCUAUCGCAGGAWUAUUGA